AUGGUUAAGUUAAUUAACAUACAAUCGGAUACUUAAUAUAAUAGACAUGAAUUAUUCACUCAAUAAAGUGUAAAAAUUAUAGUAUUAAUUUUAAUUUGUUAUAAAUAAAUAUAUUGUUAUGAAAACUCAAAAAACGGAACUUGUUCUUAUUUUGCUAUUGUGCACUAUAAAUUGUGUAAAUAUUAGUAAACAGGAUGGCGUAGAAGAACUGAAAACAAGAAAACAAGUUGGGGUAAGAUUGCAUGGAAUCUAAGUUAAUUAGCUUUUUCUGGUGACUCUGCUUUGUAAGAGCUAGCAGAUGUUUUGACAUCAGUGACAGAGUAGGUUAAAGAUUUGAAGCAUGAUCACGAAUUCGCUAGUGAUAAAGCAAUCAAUGUUUAUAUUAGCAAGAAUGAGAAGUUAGAUUUCGGCAUAGAUGAGACAGUUACUUUUAUUGCUAGGAACACAGAUUAUUUAGACUCAUAGAUGCAUGAUUACAUCGUGAAUAUAAAUAAGAGAUUAGAGAAUCUAGAUUAAAAUGUGAAUGAAAAUAGAAAAUAAUUAGAAUAUCUAACAUUCACUAGAUAAAAGCAAAAUGAUAAAUUCUUAGAUACUUUGUCACAAUACGAGCAUAUGGUUGCACAAGUUGAUAUGUGCAUUGCCUUACUCUAAGGGAUAUUUGCCAAUGAGCAAUUUAUCUAGGUCGAUAGAGUCAAGAUAAUUACAAGAAAGAUUUUCGCAGCUACAAUGUUAAUUGGAGGAAUUGAAAUGAAAGAGUUAUUAGAGACAACUGAAUCUGCCAAUUAUACAGACACAAGAGUUCAAAAAUAUAUUCUAGAGGCUUUCAAUAAUCUGAGAAAGCAAUUUGUUGAUCACAAGAAUUCAGAUAUUGCAUAUGAUGCUGAAUAAUAAAAAUAAUAUGAAGAUUAAAAGCAUCAAUUAGAUGGAGAACUUUUGAUUUUCAAAAAAGACAUUGCAGAAUUGAUAUACAAUCUAUCAGUUGCGGAAGAGAAAAUAAGAUAAAUUAAAGAUGAUAUUGAAUCAAAUAAAUAAGAUCAAGAGUUUUACAAGAAGGAGAAAGAGUUCAUUAUUAACGGUAAUCAAAUUGAGGAAAAAUGGAAGGCUAAAAUAAUUUAGGAAUAUAACAAUUAAUUGUUAUCAAUAGAGAAAGCAAUGAAUCUAAUAAGUUAACCAGACUUUUGGGCAAGGAACGAUUAGAUCAAGUUAAAUAAUUGAAAAUUGAUAUAGAUAUUAAACAUAAUCAUUCAUUUUUUCA